AUGGACCAAUUGAAAGGUCGUGGAUUUUUUAUAGUCAUCGAUUCUGACUCCUCAGAUGUAAUGAUGAGCGCGUCACCAGAGACAACGAGUGACAGUUCGGAAGGUAAAGAGAACCGGAAACGGGCCUCUCCAAACACAAAUGAACCCUGCAGCGCUGUAAACAAUAAGCGGAAAUCUAUCAAGAGUGAAGAAUCCGCAUCACCGGCAGCCGCGGCAGAGAAAACUGCAGAUAAUGUGGCAUCGCUAGCAAGCGAUUCAGGACCGCAAAAUAAGCCCAGCGCUAGCGAAGAUAAAAGCUCAAUAAACGAAAAUAAAGCAGCAGCAACUGGGCCAACUGGCCACAGACCUGUUACCUCGUGUACACAUUGUCGGCAGCACAAAAUCAAAUGUAAUGCGAGCGACAAUUUUCCAGCGCCGUGCUCCAGAUGUGAAAGGAUGGGACUUGCUUGCGAGAUUGACCCACAGUUUAGACCAAAAAAGGGUUCUCAGCUGCAGAGCUUGCGGUCUGACGUUGAUGAGCUGAAACUGAAGAUAGAGUGUUUGACUUACAACGAGAGCCUGAUAGCACGCGCCCUCGCGAAGACCGAAUGGGGCCAAGAGCUGCUUAGGAGCGUGAAACUUGAUGUACAACCUCAGAGGCCUAACAAACCCAAAGGUUAUGGUGAAAGAUCCCAGGCGAAAGUUACGGUUCAAACAUAUCUUACGAGUGAACCUCACCUCAUCCACGGAGAAUCUUCGAAGACUUCUGAGUCAUCUUCCAGUGCCGCUGGAGAAUUACACAACACCACGUCUCCUCUUAAAAAAAGUUCGUCGUUGCUCAAUGAUGAGACCCUUCCUCGAGUUUUGAGAAUCGCAUUGAAACGUCACUCGCUGAAGUACGCUACAUCACAAGAGAGUUCUUUGCGUGCGAGGAGUCCCAGCCUUACUCCAGACAACAUCGGAAGUUUUGAUGCGCUUGGACGCAAAGAACACGUAGUAGCCACCACUAAUGCCAUACAGCUUUUGCCAUCACCUCAAGCAAGUAUAGAUGAGUUUAUACUUGGUGACGUCAAAAUCUCAAUCUCCACGGCAAAUGAAUUACACCGAGUAUUUGUUGCUUCAUUCUUACCGUAUUUUCCCAUAAUGUAUUCCAACAGCGCCACAGAGCUUUAUUCACAGUCUCAGCUUCUUUUUUGGACAGUUAUGCUCACUGCAUGCCUAUCAGAUCCCGAACCAACACUUUACAACCAGUUAGCUUCUCUAAUAAAACAAUUGGCUAUCGAAACAUGCUGGAUUCGAACUCCGAGAUCUACGCAUAUUUCACAAGCUUUACUGAUUCUGUGCAAUUGGCCUCUGCCAAAUCAAAAAGUGCUAGAUGACUGCUCAUACCGCUUUGUGGGACUAGCUAAAUCGUUAUCUCUUCAAUUGGGCUUACAUCGAGGCAAGUUUAUGUCAGAGUUCACAAGAACCCAAACGUCAAUGCCCAAUGCUGAAAAAUGGAGGACACGCACUUGGCUCGGAAUUUUUUUCGCUGAACAGUGUUGGGCAAGUAUAUUGGGUUUACCUCCAACUUCUCAAAAUGAUUAUUUGAUAGAGCUAGCCCGUCUCCGCGAAGAUGAAAGCGCUGUUCCUAGUAGGUUUCGUCAACUAAUUUGUUUGGCCAAUUUUCAGGUCAAGUUAUGUGAAAUGAUGGGGUCCAGUGUGACAUCCCCGGAUGGUUUACUUACUGCAUCAGAGAGAGCCGGGGCGCUGGAUAUUUUGGAGAAGGAAUUGAAACGGCUACAGUCUAAAUUCAAGUUUGAGCAAGACACAGUGGUACAAAUGUAUUAUUUGUAUGUGAGACUCAUGAUAUGCUGCUUCGCAUUUCUUCCGGAUACCCCCGCAGGGGAUCAAAGCAAGUACGUCGAUGAAGCAUAUUUGUGUGCGACAAAAGUUGUAACUCUCUUUACGAAACUCUUAGAGAAAACAAAAUUGAUCCAACUCCCAAUCUAUGUUAGACAAAGUGUGACCUAUUCGGCACUGAUCCUCUUCAAACUCCAAUUGACGCCAUUUUUGCCGGAAAAAUAUAUCGACUCGGCUCGCCAAUCUAUUGUUACUGUGCACAGACUCUACAGGAACCAACUUACAGCGUGGACCACCAGUGUAGAGAACGACAUUUCAAGAACCGCUAGCGUCUUGGAGAAGUUGAACUUUGUGCUAAUUUCACAACCGGAGAUAUUUAUUGAAAGUAAGGGCAUUAUCACCCGCAUGAGAUCUCAUUUGACUGCAACUUUAUUUUACGACUUGGUUUGGUGCAUUCACGAGGCCAGACGACGUCAAAAUGACCCAAACUUCGCAAAAGAACUAGCCAAGCGUAGCGAAAAGGAGUCGGAGAUUGAGAGCGACCUUCCCAAGAGGAAAUUAUAUCCCUUACCAUUUUAUAACCAAAUCUCAAAAGAAGACUUUGAGACUAUCACGCAGACCACGCCGGGAGGCACCACCAUUACCACAUUGAUACCCACGAAAAAUGCCAUUCAACAGGCAAAAGAGCUGGCAAAAAGUCAGGGGGAUAAAAAGGGUCUGGUCAGAUACAUCAAUGGAAUUCCCAUAUCCGUCCUGGACGAAACUGGUAGCAUGAGAUUGGAAUCAACCAACAGUGCUGAAUAUCAAGAAUCUAUUCUGUACCCGGAGCCGUUGAUCGCUGCAAAUUUCACCUCGCCUCAUAGCGUGAUGAAGACGAGCGCAACAACUGAGGAUAUCCUGCCGAAGUCACCGUCCCUCUUCGCCCAGCCCAUGCAGCGGUCGGCCAGCACACCCGCAACAGAGUCACUCUCCAGCGGCCGGCGAAUGACCAAUAUUUCGCCGUCCUUGGUAUCGGGAAACACUAAUUCGCUCUUUGCAGUCAACAGCACUGGGGCACCCAGUUUGGCUCUUAACAAGCUAGCGGCACCCGAGCUCAUGCCACCCGCGUCUCCGCUACUACCCUCGAAUUCAUACUCGAGCCUAAACAUGUUCUUGACGGUCGGCGAAAGUGUGGGAAACAAUAACGGCGGAAGCCCCGCUCCCGUACAAAUACCGCCCAAACAAUCAUCGGAGCUAAACACGUUCUUCCAGGCACAGAGUGCUGGCUGGAUGGAGCAAAACUCUGCCGACGACGAUGAUUUUCUCGGCUGGUUCGACAUCAACAUGGCUCCCGAGUUUUGA